AUGGCGUCUUCUCCGAUCAUCUUCUCCGUUCUUCUUCUCUUCGUCUUCUCACUCUCUUCAUCAACCUCAUCUGCUCAACCAUCAUUCCGACCAAAAGCUCUCAUUCUCCCAAUCACAAAAGACCAAUCCACCCUCCAAUACACAACCGUCAUCAACCAACGCACACCUCUCGUCGCCGCUUCCGUCGUCUUCGAUCUCGGUGGUCGAAAUCUUUGGGUCGACUGCGACAAAAAUUACGUCUCCUCCACUUACACCUCCCCUCGCUGCCGCUCCGCCGUGUGCUCACGCGCCGGCUCCGAUGGUUGUAGCCAAUGUUUCUCUCCUCCGAGACCUGGCUGUAACAACAACACUUGCAGCGCAACUCCAGACAACACCGUCACCAGAACCGCAACUUCCGGCGAAGUUGCUACAGACGUUGUGUCGAUCCAGUCAACUAACGGGUCGAAUCCGGGUCGGGUCGUUAAAAUCCCCAAUUUGAUUUUCGUUUGCGGGUCAACGAAUCUCCUUCAAGGACUCGUUAGUGGAACCGUCGGUAUGGCCGGAAUGGGACGACACGAAAUCGGAUUACCGUCGCAAUUCGCCGCCGCGUUUAGCUUCAAUCGGAAAUUCGCCGUGUGUUUAUCUUCUGGAGGAAGAGGCGUUGCUUUUUACGGCAACGGACCUUACGUUUUCCUCCCCGGAAUUCAGAUCUCGGGACUCACCACCACACCGUUGCUCAUCAAUCCGGUGAGUACUGCUUCUGCGUUUCUAUCAGGCGAGAAAUCGUCGGAGUAUUUCAUCGGCGUGACGGCGAUCAAAAUCGACGAGAAAACAGUUCCGAUCAACACGACGCUAUUGAAAAUCGACGGUGCUACCGGAAUCGGAGGAACCAAAAUCAGUACUGUGAAUCCUUACACGGUGAUGGAGACAUCGAUCUUCAACGCGUUCACAUCGGCGUUCGUCAGAGAAGCCGCCGCGAGAAACAUCACUCGAGUUUCGUCGGUAACACCGUUCGGCGCGUGUUUCAGCACGGCGAACGUCGGCGUCACGCGCUUGGGAUACGCUGUGCCGGAGAUUCAGCUCGUGCUUCAGAGUAACGACGUCGUUUGGAGGAUCACCGGAUCUAACUCGAUGGUAAGUGUCAGCGAUGACGUCAUCUGUUUGGGUUUCGUUGACGGAGGAGUCAACGCGAGAACCUCUGUGGUAAUCGGAGGGUUUCAAUUGGAAGAUAAUUUGGUCGAGUUUGAUUUGGCGAGUAACAGAUUUGGGUUUAGUUCUACGUUAUUGGGCCGUCGCACUACUUGUGCUAAUUUCAAUUUCACUUCCACUGCCUGA